AUGGCAUCCGUCGCGGCGUGGUUGCCGUUCGCACGCGCGGCCGCCAUCGGUUGGGUGCCAAUAGCGCGACAACCGAUGCCACAGGCACCGGUUGCUUUACAGGCAAAAGAUCUAGCAGUUGAUCACGUGUCUGACGAGAAAUUGUCUAUCAAUAUCUCAGGACGGAAGUUUGAAACAUGGAAAAAUACGUUGGAAAAAUUCCCUGAGACGUUAUUAGGAUCGAAUGAGAAGGAGUUUUUCUACGACGAAGAUACGGGCGAGUACUUUUUCGACCGAGAUCCCGACAUUUUCCGACAUAUCCUCACUUUCUACCGCACUGGCAAAUUACAUUAUCCCCGGCACGAAUGUCUUGUUGCGUACGACGAGGAGUUGUCGUUUUUUGGCAUCAUGCCAGAUUUAAUAAGUGACUGUUGUUAUGAAGAUUACAAGGAUAAAAAACGGGAAAAUCAGGAACGAUUAUUGGAAGAGAGGAUCGAAAAUACGGAUGCGACAAAACUUAAGCAAACCUUGCAACAAAAAAUGUGGGCAGCAUUCGAGAAUCCUCAUACGUCCUCGGUCGCGCUCGUUUUCUAUUAUGUCACGGGUUUUUUCAUUGCCGUUUCUGUAUUGUGUAAUAUUAUUGAAACCAUUCCUUGCUGGUAUAUCAACGACACCCCUACCUCCUGUGGAGAUGCCUAUGAGAAACAAUUUUUUGUGCUAGAUACCGCUUGCGUUAUCAUAUUUACGAUAGAAUAUUUGUUGCGAUUGUAUGCGGCACCGGAUCGAUGUCGUUUUCUGAGGUCAAUAAUGAGCGUCAUUGAUGUGGUCGCAAUUCUACCAUACUACGUAGGAUUGGGUUUACAGAAUAAUAAGGACGUGUCAGGAGCGUUCGUCACUCUACGAGUAUUCCGAGUAUUUCGAAUAUUCAAAUUUUCACGGCAUUCCCAAGGCCUUCGAAUACUCGGCUACACUUUGAAGUCGUGUGCAUCUGAACUCGGCUUCCUCGUAUUCUCGUUGGCUAUGGCUAUUAUCAUUUUUGCUACCAUUAUGUAUUACGCCGAGAAGAAAGUGAAUGACACAAGGUUUACUUCAAUUCCGGCUGCUUUCUGGUACACUAUUGUUACGCUCACCACACUUGGUUACGGUGAUAUGGUGCCGUCGACGGUAAUGGGAAAGAUUGUCGGCGGUAUAUGUUCGCUGUCCGGUGUGCUUGUUAUCGCUCUACCAGUACCAGUUAUUGUCAGCAAUUUCUCUCGAAUCUAUCAUCAAAAUCAACGAGCUGACAAGCGGCGAGCGCAGAAAAAAGCCCGACUUGCACGUAUUCGUAUCGUGAAGAACGCAUCCGGUCAAGCACUUUUCAAUAAGAAAAAGGCGCACGAAGCUAGGAUGCAAGCGUUUGAGCAAGGUCUGCUUUCAUUUGAUGCGCUACGAGAUGAGGAUAUCUUUGAGAUCCAACAUCACCACCUGUUGCAGUGUCUCGAAAAGGCGACGGAACGAGAAUUUGUGGAGAGUGAUGUCACAUUCGAUGGGGGCCAUUCGACUCCACCAAUUUCUGAGACAUCGUCCUUGAGCACUGUCAGGCCACUGAAGCGAAAGCGAAAAUGUAUUCGCAGGUGGUGCGUGCGAGGAGAAGACGAUCCCGAAGAGGAACGGGAAACGAGGGUAACAUUCAAUCAAAGUAUGAACCAGGUUCACGAAAGGACACCUGAUGAGAAAGUCGAAUUGCACAACAUUUGUGUAUCACAACUAUAA